UAUCGUUUUGAGGCAAAAAAAUAUCACAUACAUUACUCUUAAUUACUUGAAUUAUUCUUUUAAUUUUUUUCACGUUCAUGUUCCGGCCGCUGCAAUGGGUUUCUUAGAUCAUUGCGCCGACGUUUGCAACUUCUCUCACGGUCAUAGCCACGACAGUAAGAAGCUAAAAAAGAACCAGCAACUUCAGAGGGUGGAGAUAAAAGUGAAGAUGGAUUGCGAGGGGUGCCAGAAGAAGGUGAAGAAAUCGGUGGAGGGAAUGAAAGGCGUGACGGAGGUGGAGGUGGACCCCAAACGGAGCAAGCUCACGGUGGUGGGUUACGUGGAUUCCAACAAGGUUCUGAACCGGGUCCGCCAUCGGACCGGGAAGGCAGCCGAGCUCUGGCCUUACGUACCGUACGACGUCGUUGAACACCCUUACGCGCCUGGAGCCUACGACAAGAAGGCGCCGCCUGGGUACGUGCGGAAUGUGGCGGCCAACCCCGAGGUGGCGCCGCUCGCACGUGCCGGAUCGUUUGAGGUUAAAUACACCACCGCCUUCAGCGAUGAGAAUCCCAAUGCUUGCGUUCUAAUGUAAUACAAAAAUGUAACGUUAGUUGUGUUAUGUAAAUAAAAUGUAAUCCAAGGACUUAACAUGUAAACAAAUCUAUUAAUAUUGUUUGAGAUUUUUAUUUUUAUUU